CUUCCAAUCAGCGGAGAUAGGAGGGUACGUUUGUCAAACCUCUCCCCAGCCUGAGAUGGUGUUAGCCCGUCUCCUCCCCAGUCCUCGGGAAUGGGGUGGAGAGUGGCAUAGAAGCCCCCUCCCCGCCCCCGGGCCAACCUGCCUCCCGCUAGCCGGCCGGGCGCCUUACCGAGUCAGACCACUGGGAGGCUGGGGGAGCCGGGUUGGGCGAGGAGGCGAGCGAGAUGGGGGAGCUCUUAUUUUGACAGGGGCCUCUCCGGGCUCUGGUAUGAAGGCAGAAGGAGGCAGCCAGAGAGCCCCGAUGCUUAUUCAGGCUGGGGAGCGGAGCCGAGUGGAGGGGCGAGCGAGGCUCCGGCAGCGCAGGGGACCCCGGGGAGGCGGCGGCGAACGGCGGAGCCAGUGGCCGGACAUGCCCCGGACUCGGGGCCGCUGCACCACCGCCGCUGCCCGGAGCCAGCCGGCCGGACGCCCGCACGCCUGGGUCCCCCGGCGCCGCGCCGCCCGGGGACUGCAACCCGGACCCUCGGCGUCCGACCAACAAUAAGCGCCCAGACAGCCCCCUCCCCGCCCCGCGCCCACCGUCCCCGCGGGCCUCGGGAAAAGUGAAAGGAGGAGGCGAAGGAAGGAAGGAAGGAAGGAAGGAAGGGAGGAGGAGCAGGAGCCGGAGCCGUGAGGUUCGGGGCUGAGACCCCAGCCCUGAGCCCAAGGCCGGGCGGGUGUGCGCGCUCUCCCGCCGCUGCCCGGCGCCCAAGACCAUGCUCCGCGGUUGGAAAGCAGGAACCCAGGCGCCCAGCGACCCCCGGAUACCCACUCCCGGGCCGGGCUGGUAUUGAGAUCAAGGCGUCCAGGAUCAAAAGAUCACCACCUGCCCGCCCUCCUCCUCACCUCCAACUGGCGAGCAGGAGGACCCCAAUCCACCCACCGGCCCUGACCUGGUCAUGGCGUCCAACUCCGGCCUGGCGUGAGGACCCCCGACCCGCGCGAGGGAGCCCCAGCCCAGAUCACACCCUUGAGCCUGAGCCCGACACGCAUUAUCCUGAGUCCCUGCUCCAGUACCGAGUACCUGGCUGGGCCCUGGGCACGCACAGGGGCCGUAGCCCCACUGUGUGUGGGAACCAUGAGGAUCCUGGCUAACAAGACAAGGUUACCCCACCCUAGGAGGAGAGAAGCUCCAGGGAGCCCGCCGCUGUCCCCCCGCGGCCACUGCCCCCCUGCCCCAGCCAAGCCAAUGCACCCAGAAAAUAAGUUGACCAAUCAUGGCAAGACAGGGAAUGGCGGGGCCCAAUCCCAGCACCAGAAUGUGAACCAAGGACCCACCUGCAACCUGGGCUCGAAGGGCGUGGGGGCGGGGAACCAUGGGGCCAAGGCCAACCAGAUCUCACCUAGCAACUCAAGUCUGAAGAACCCCCAGGCAGGGGUGCCCCCUUUCAGCUCACUCAAGGGCAAAGUGAAGAGGGAGCGGAGCGUGUCUGUGGACUCCGGAGAGCAGCGAGAGGCUGGGACACCGUCCCUGGAUUCGGAGGCCAAAGAAGUGGCACCCCGGAGUAAGCGGCGUUGUGUGCUGGAGCGGAAGCAGCCAUACAGUGGAGACGAAUGGUGCUCAGGACCGGACAGCGAGGAGGAUGACAAGCCCAUUGGGGCCACCCACAAUUGUAAUGUAGCAGACCCAGCCAUGGCGGCCCCACAGCUGGGUCCUGGCCAAGCCGCCCAACUGCCCCUCAGUGAGAGCAGCGCACCAGGCCCCCCGCAUGGGCCCCCGCCAGGCCUCCGGCCCGACGCCCCCGGGGGUGGAGGCGGGGGUGUCCCGGGAAAGACUCCCUCACAGUUUGUGUAUGUCUUCACCACCCACCUGGCCAACACGGCUGCGGAGGCAGUGCUGCAGGGCCGGGCCGACUCCAUCCUCGCCUACCACCAGCAGAACGUGCCCCGUGCCAAGCUGGACCAGACCCCCAAAGUGCCACCCACCCCAGAACCGCUACCCCUGAGCACGCCAUCAACAGGCACCCCUCAGUCCCAGCCUCCUCCACUGCCGCCACCGCCACCCCCAGCCCCAGGCAGCGCCCCCCCUGCUCUGCCUUCCGAGGGGCCUCCUGAGGACACCAGUCAGGACCUGACACCCAACUCGGUGGGAGCUGCCAGCACGGGUGGUGGCACUGGGGGUACCCACCCUAAUACCCCUACAGCUUCCACCGCCAACAACCCGCUGCCCCCUGGAGGAGAGCCCAGCAGCGCUCCCGGCCCUGCCCUGCUUGGGGAGGCCCCCACUGGCAAUGGGCAGCGGAGCCUGGUGGGCUCGGAGGGCCUGUCCAAGGAGCAGCUGGAGCAUCGGGAGCGCUCCCUCCAGACGCUGCGAGACAUUGAACGGCUGCUGCUCCGCAGCGGGGAGACUGAGCCCUUCCUCAAGGGGCCCCCUGGAGGAGCGGGCGAGGGGGGACCACCAGCACAAGCCCCUCCCACCCCCCAGCAGCCAUCCACGGCCCCGGCCAGCGGGCUGAAGAAGUACGAGGAACCCUUGCAGUCCAUGAUUUCGCAGACACAGAGCCUCGGGGGCCCCCCGCUGGAGCAUGAAGUGCCUGGGCACCCCCCGGGUGGGGACAUGGGGCAGCAGAUGAACAUGAUGAUGCAGAGGCUGGGCCAGGACAGCUUGACACCUGAGCAGGUGGCCUGGCGCAAGCUGCAGGAAGAGUACUACGAGGAGAAACGGCGGAAGGAGGAGCAGAUCGGGCUGCAUGGGGGCCGCCCACUGCAGGACAUGAUGGGCAUGGGGGGCAUGAUGGUGAGGGGACCACCGCCUCCCUACCACAGCAAGCCUGGCGAUCAGUGGCCCCCCGGGAUGGGAGCCCAGCUGCGGGGGCCCAUGGAUGUCCAAGAUCCCAUGCAGCUCCGGGGUGGACCACCCUUCCCCGGUCCGCGUUUCCCAGGCAACCAGAUGCAACGGGUGUCUGGGUUUGGGGGCAUACAGGGUAUGCCCAUGGAGGUGCCCAUGAAUGCCAUGCAGAGGCCUGUGAGGCCAGGUAUGGCCUGGACUGAAGACUUGCCCCCUAUGGGGGGGCCUGGCAAUUUUGCCCAGAACGCGGUGCCCUACCCAGGCGGGCAGGGUGAAGCCGAGCGAUUUAUGACCCCUCGGGUUCGUGAGGAGCUGCUGCGACACCAGCUGCUGGAGAAGCGGUCGAUGGGCAUGCAGCGCCCCCUGGGCAUGGCCGGCAGCGGCAUGGGGCAGGGCAUGGAGGUGGAACGGAUGAUGCAGGCGCACCGGCAGAUGGAUCCGGCCCUGUUUCCCGGGCAGAUAGCUGGCGGCGAGGGCCUGGCGGGCACUCCCAUGGGCAUGGAGUUUGGUGGAGGUCGGGGCCUCCUGAGUCCCCCCAUGGGGCAGUCUGGGCUGAGGGAGGUGGACCCACCCAUGGGGCCAGGCAACCUCAACAUGAACAUGAAUGUGAACAUGAACAUGAACAUGAACCUGAAUGUGCAGAUGACCCCACAGCAGCAGAUGCUGAUGUCGCAGAAGAUGCGGGGCCCCGGGGACAUGAUGGGGCCGCAGGGCCUCAGUCCCGAGGAGAUGGCCCGGGUGCGGGCCCAGAGCGGCAGCGGCAUGAUGGGCGGCCCGCAGAAGAUGCUGAUGCCCUCGCAGUUUCCCAGCCAGGGCCAGCAGGGGUUCUCUGGGGGCCAGGGACCCUACCAAGCCAUGCACCAGGAAAUGGGCAAUACUCAAGACAUGUUCAGCCCCGACCAGAGCUCAAUGCCCAUGGCCAACGUGGGUACCACCCGGCUCAGCCACAUGCCCCUGCCUCCUGCGUCCAAUCCUCCCGGCUCUGUGCAUUCAGCCCCAAACCGGGGGCUGGGCAGACGGCCUUCAGACCUCACCAUCAGUAUUAAUCAGAUGGGCUCGCCGGGCAUGGGGCAUCUGAAGUCGCCCACCCUUAGCCAGGUACACUCACCCCUGGUCACCUCGCCCUCCGCCAACCUCAAGUCACCCCAGACUCCCUCACAGAUGGUGCCCUUGCCUUCGGCCAACCCGCCAGGACCUCUCAAGUCACCCCAGGUCCUCAGCUCCUCUCUCAGCGUCCGUUCGCCCACCGGCUCGCCCAGCAGGCUUAAGUCUCCCUCCAUGGCGGUGCCUUCUCCAGGCUGGGUCGCCUCGCCCAAGACAGCCAUGCCCAGCCCCGGAGUCCCCCAGAACAAGCAGCCGCCUCUGAACAUGAACUCUUCCAGCACCCUGGGCAACGUGGAACAGAGUGCCCUCCCGCCUAGCGGCCCCCGGAGCAGCUCCUCAGCGCCUCCCGCCAACCCUCCCAGCGGCCUCAUGAACCCCAGCCUGCCAUUCACUUCCUCCCCAGACCCCACGCCUUCCCAGAACCCCCUGUCACUGAUGAUGUCCCAGAUGUCCAAGUACGCCAUGCCCAGCUCCACCCCGCUCUACCACAAUGCCAUCAAGACCAUCGCCACCUCAGACGACGAGCUGCUGCCCGACCGGCCCCUGCUCCCCCCGCCACCACCACCGCAGGGCUCUGGGCCAGGGAUCAGCAAUAACCAACCCACCCAGAUGCACCUGAACUCAGCCGCUGCCCAGAGCCCCAUGGGCAUGAACCUGCCAGGCCAGCAGCCCCUUUCCCAUGACCCCCCGCCUCCCAUGUUGCCCUCCCCCACCCCUCUGGGCUCCAACAUUCCACUGCACCCCAAUGCACAGGGGGCAGGAGGGCCCCCUCAGAACUCGACGAUGAUGGCUCCAGGGGGCCCAGACUCCCUGAAUGCCCCCUGCGGCCCUGUGCCCAGCUCCUCCCAGAUGCUGCCCUUCCCCCCUCGGCUGCAGCAGCCCCACGGUGCCAUGGCCCCUAGUGGGGGCGGGGGCGGGGGACCCGGCCUGCAGCAGCACUACCCUUCAGGCAUGGCCCUGCCCCCAGAGGACCUGCCCAGCCAGCCGCCAGGCCCCCUGCCCCCCCAGCAGCACCUGAUGGGCAAAAGCAUGGCUGGCCGCAUGGGCGACGCAUACCCCCCGGGCGUGCUCCCCGGGGUGGCGUCAGUGCUGAACGACCCUGAGCUGAGCGAGGUGAUCCGGCCCACCCCGACGGGGAUCCCCGAGUUCGACUUGUCCAGGAUCAUCCCCUCGGAGAAGCCAAGCAGCACCCUCCAGUACUUCCCCAAGAGCGAGAACCAGCCCCCCAAGGCCCAGCCCCCCAAUCUGCAUCUCAUGAACCUGCAGAACAUGAUGGCGGAGCAGACCCCCUCCCGGCCCCCCAACCUCCCGGGCCAGCAGGGCGUCCAGCGGGGGCUCAACAUGUCCAUGUGCCACCCCGGACAGAUGUCCUUGCUGGGCAGGACAGGUGUGCCCUCACAGCAGGGCAUGGUGCCCCAUGGCCUGCACCAGGGGGUCAUGGCCCCUCCACAAGGCCUCAUGACCCAGCAGAAUUUCAUGCUGAUGAAGCAGCGGGGAGUGGGCGGUGAGGUCUACAGCCAGCCCCCCCACAUGCUCCCCCCGCAGGGCUCUCUCAUGGGCCCCCCGCCCCAGCAGAACCUCAUGGUGUCCCACCCGCUGCGGCAGCGCAGUGUGUCUCUGGACAGCCAGAUGGGCUACCUCCCGGCGCCGGGUGGCAUGGCCAACCUGCCCUUUUAGCAGUCCCCGUGGGGGGCUGGAGCUGGGGCGAUACUGCAAAUAGGAUAACCUUAAGAAAGUUUCUUCCCCUUCGGUGUUGGGAUGGCCUGGGUCAAGGGGUGGGGUGGAGGGGGUGGGA